AUGGAAUCAGUCGCACACUCGCAAGGAGAUAUCCAACCUCCAUGCUCAGCAUCCUCCACCUGCUCUACAUCAUCCACCUCGAGCUGCCCGGGCACAGGCAUUUGCAAGUCCGUCCAGUUCUCGAGAUUUAUCAAGAUCUCCUUCACAUAUCCCGGCGACGAGUACGAUCGCUCAGCACUCGAGCCAUCAAAGCUCACCACAUCCGAAGUUUCUGAACUAAAGGAGAUGCGUAGCCAUUGGCGGCAAGAAAUGAACGAACGACUCGGCGCGCUUGAACGUCCCGAAUCACCAGCCUCACCAGUAUCGCCAAUCUCACCAGCAUCAUCCCCAUCAUUCUCACCCUUGUCCUCCUCCUCAUAUCCACAAGAAUCGCAUCCAUUCCAUAGUCGCAUCCAUCCUCAUGCGCUCCUCCAGCCUGCAUCGUCGACUUGCUCACAUGUGUCCCCUACUUGCUCGCCUGUGCUGUCACACCUGGAUAGUAGCAGCAGCAGUGAAGACGAGUACGAACCAGUGCAAUCUUCUCAGCAACCUCACACGCUCACAGCCCAACAACAGCAACAGUACCAACGGUUGAAGCGCUUCAGUGGAAGUCGCAACAGCCUGAAUGGGAUGAUGCACCGACACAGCCAUCUAAAUCAGUCCAAGGAGAACGUGCAGUGCAUCGCCUAA